CCUUGAUAGAAAGUUUGUCCUUUCACAAAGAAUAACAACUAUUGUAUUGGGGUUCUUUUGGUCAUUGAAAUUCGUUUAUACUGCUUCUCCCUCACGAUACAAUGGAAGUCCCCGGAAAGAAACUACAGCUACGAACAUCUGCCGUUGACACAACCUACUGUCAGCCCUGCUCCCAAGAUGGGGAAACCCUCGCUGCUGAGGCGUUCUGUACUGUCUGUAAUGAGUUCCUUUGUUCAAACUGUGCAAGUGUACACAAGAAACUAAAAAUGACUAGAUCACAUGCACUCCUUGACAAAUCAAAUAUGCCUACUUCAAUGAGCAGCCAAGACGAUAACGAUGAAUACAUUGAACCUUGUGAGAUACAUAAAAAAGAGUUCAUCAAAUACUUUUGCCCCACCCACCAGACCCUGAAUUGCGGACACUGUGCAGUGCAGAACCAUCGAUCAUGCCAUGUUGAUGUCAUCUCAGAUAUAUCCAAAGCCUUCAAGGAUGGUCCAGAGUAUAGCGACAUCGAUAACGCUAUUGCUAAGUUAUUUAAAGACAUUGAUAAGUGUGCGUCUGACGUUGAGAAGAACAAGACCUUAAUAGCAGAGAUGGGUGAAAGUGAGGUUUCUAAACUUAGAAGAUGUCGAGAUGAGGUCAAUAAAUACUUCGACGAAAGAGAAAAUGCACUCCUGAAGAUCAUAGAACAGAUGAAAAAUAUCGAUAAAGCAUUGCUGGACAACCUGAGGCCAAAAUGUGAUAACCUGAAGGCUAAGGUAAAAGAAAUAAAGAAUAACCUUAAAACACAAGAAAAAAACACCAUCCAGUUGUUUAUAGAGGCGAAACGGGCCAAACAACUUCUAGAAAUAACACAGACCGCUCUUGCUGAAAUCAACAGGCAGAAUACCAUUCAUCAAUACAGAUUCAAAAUCGAUUCGGCCACAGAGAGGCUGAUGGAAUCCAAUACCGGCCUUGGAGUUGUGGAGGAAGAAGUCAUUGAUACUCAAAAUGCACUAGGGACGCAAAUUUCAUCGUUUGUCGAUUUGACAAAACUGAUGUUUAUUCGCACUGCAUCCAUUCCGGUCAAGUUCACAAUUGACACAAAGGUCUGCAUCAUCUCCAGCAUGCUCCUCCUGCCGAUUAACAGGCUUCUGCUAGCUGACUGGAACAACAAGACAUUAAAGCUGGUUGACCUACAGACCAGCUCUAUGGUGUCUCAUGUCAGUAUGCCAGGUCAGCCGUGGGGGAUGUGUCUAAUCCAAGGGGACAGGGUGGCUGUUACCAUGUCACGUAGUGGUAUUCAGUUUCUAGAGACUCAAGGACAACUUAUUCUUAGUGACUCCAUCCUGGUAGAUGGUGACUGUCGAGGAAUCGCCAACCAUGACGGAAGUUUAAUAGUGUCUUACUUCUUUGGAAAAGUAGAGAUACUGGACAUGAAAGGGGACGUUAUCAGAAAGAUCGAAAAAAAUAUAAAGGGCCAGCAAGUGUUCUUAUGUCCUUUACACAUAAUAGUUGUGAAAGAAAGUCAGACUUCCUUCGCCUAUGUAUCAGACCCUCGCAAUAACACCAUUACAAUGCUCGACAUGGACCUAAACAUACUCCAGACGUUUAGGGAUUCUGCAUGGAAACGACCAAGGGGCUUAUCGGUGUUUGCGAACCAGCUGAUUUUCUGCGGUGACGAAAGUAACAACAUAAUGAGAAUGGAUAUGUCCAGUGGCAAGAUGAGCCAGUUGCUUGGGGAAGAUGACGGGAUACAAGAGCCAGAAUAUUGCGUCUACAGUCCACACCAGAAAAAACUCUACGUUACCUGUAAUAACCGUCAACAUAACGACGAGAACAAUUCAAUAAAAGUGUACAAUGCAAUACAAUAAUAGCAGACAGAGUCAAUAGUAACAAAAUGCGACUUAUAUCUAUAAUCUUAGCCUUUCCUCCUUGAGCCAUUACGCAAGGUCGUCACAAGGUUUCCGGCAGCCGAGAAAAUCCCUACAGCUAAGUGACAAUCUGGCCAAUUAUCACGCAACGUCCUGGACAUACCAACAUCAUUGAUGUAUGAGUAUUUUCUUUUAAAACAAUAAUAGCAUGUGUUGUCAUGAGCUUUUUACAUAGACCACUCUACAAAAAACAACCAUACUGUCAGUUAACCCAGAAACCCUAGAUGUUGGCCAGGGUCUGCAUGAAACAGAAUCCAAAAUAAAUGUUCAGUGUUGUUACUCAAUUGUUUUCUUUUUCUUUCAAUAGCUUUAACUCGUUCACGGUUUUUGAAAAUUAUAUACGAUAUAAUCCAACAAUAAAAGUGUUUCAAGAUGUUA